GCUAAAACACACACACGCUGAAACACACAUAUAGCGUUUUAUUUUCAGGUUACAGGAUGUGCUAAAUAUCUUCAGCAGGGAAUCAAACCCAUGCGAUACUUGAUAACCAUGGAGAAAGGCAACCAAGGUUUUGAUCAAUUUCUCCAAAGUCAAGAAUCCUCCGUGGUAAACAAGUUCCAGCAGAAAUACUGGAAAACCAAACAAACGCUUAUCAAAGUCACUGGAAAGAAGGAGGAUGAACAUGUUGUUGCCUCGGAUGCAGAUCUUGAUGCUAAACUUGAGGUGUUUCAUUCAGUACAGAGAACAUGCAUGGAGCUUCUCAAGGUGAUCGAACAGUAUCAAAGGAGGAUCAGCCUUUUGUCCCAGGAGGAGAAUGAACUGGGUCGGUUCCUGCGUUCACAAGGCUCUCAGGACAAAAGUCGUGCUGGAAAGAUCAUGCAAGCUACUGGAAAAGCACUCUGCUUCUCUUCCCAACAAAGGUUGGCACUGCGAGGGCCGCUGGGUCGCCUGUACCAGGAGGUGGAGACUUUUCGUUACCGAGCUAUUUCAGACACAUGGCUGACAGUGAACCGGAUGGAGCAGUCGCGCACAGAGUACAGAGGAGCACUGCUCUGGAUGAAGGACGUUUCUCAGGAGCUCGACCCGGACACACACAAGCAGAUGGAGAAGUUUCGGAAGGUUCAAACUCAGGUUCGUCAUACCAAGACAAGUUUUGACAAACUGAAGAACGACGUGUGUCAGAAGGUUGAUCUGCUGGGAGCCAGUCGCUGUAAUCUGCUCUCACACGUCCUGACAACCUAUCAGACCACACUGCUGCAUUUCUGGGAGAAAACCUCUCACACGAUGGCUGCUAUUCACGAGAGUUUCAAAGGCUGUCAGACGCACGAGACUUCAGCGGGUUCAGAUCAAGCGGUAAAGAAAAAAAUGAAGAAGAAAAGCAAAGCAAAAACAGACGACGAGACGAGUCCCGCUACAGAUGAAACGCUUAUUUCUCUUGAGCAGGAAACUCAGAGCAGCAACACCACGCACACAUCAGGUUCUUUAUCAGCCAUUCUUCAGAAUAAUCCUGGAAGCUCAUCUGUAGCCGGUCAAAACUCUUCCAAACCUGCAGUGAACGAAUCCUCCAAAGAUCUGUCAGCGUGGUUCAGUCUGUUUGCUGAUCUGGAUCCACUGGCCAAUCCGGAUGCUAUCGGCCGUAGCGGAGCUGAUCACGACCUGCUGACUGCUUGAAAACACACACACACACACACACUUCAUGAAGAAACACCUGCUGCCAAAGGAAAACAACCAUUAUCAUAAUUUCCCUCUGCUGCUUUAUCAAGCAUCUGGUUUACUGUAUUACAGAGAUGUAAAUAUCCUGACAUCACCUUAGCUUCAGAUACUGCAUGAUUUCAGAUGUUUGAUCAUUAUUUAUUUUAGAUGUUCAGCUGUGAUCUGUUUAGAAAAUGCUAAUGGGUUUUUUUCCGAGCUGGAUUUAAUGCAUGAAUCUUUUAUUAGUAUUUAUUUGAAAAUGAUCAAUCCUGAUCUGUCCAAGCAUUUUUUAAAAUAGUGUUUCUUUAAACUACAUUCAUUAUUGAUUUAUUAUUAUUUUCGGUGUUCAAUAAUCCUUCAUUAGUUCUGAAAGAAGAAGUAUUUUUACAAAUGAUUUGUUUGUUUUUUUCCUUUCUUUAAAUUGUAGCGAAAGGAACUAAAACUAAUGCUGCAUUUCUGAAGCCUUAAUAUGAGUCCUUGAAUUGAUUAGUUUGAAUGAACAUGAGCUGAUAUCAAACUAGCUAUUAAUGUAGAAAUAUGUAUUGUUACUGGUUUCAUUUUCUGCAGUCUUGGUUUACAGAGUUUUUUUCUUUUUAAAAACCAUGUAAUUAUACAUUUAUAUAAAAAAAAAAAAAAAAA